AUGCCCGUGUGGGGUUGUGGGGUUACCACCUGCAAUCGUGGAGGCUGCCUCCAACGCGUGCACAGGUGCAACAGGCAUUCGACUGCCAUGGCCACGCCCAGCACAGCACCUGGAGGGAGCCCGCGUCAGCAGCUAGGUGGAGUGGUGUGCACCCUUGUCCAUCACGGGCGUUGA